AGGGCUACUUCGAGCUUCGAGUCAUCUGCCCUUCGUCUGGCACGUGUUCAUUUACAUGCCAACCAACGUGUCCAAGGCAUGUUCCAAAGUUACACGCAGGAGAGCGUGAGAUGGAACAGACGAAGCAAAGAUGGAAUGGUCCAAGUCAGAGACGGUGGAGAAGUCUGUCUCAGGUUCUCCAACGGAGUCCGGCGCUCGCAUCCGGAGACAAGCCGUAGAGUCCGUCACGUCGUUCGGUGGGCAGUUUAUGGGGCCGGUGGAGCAGAUGUCGUCAGCGGCAAAGGCACUGGUGGGAAGGUCGACGACAUUGACCGAAGCCCUGAAAGCGGCAUCUAUGAGGGUGGGCCGUAAGCCCGUCGAGGCUUCUGACGCCGCCGCCAUCAAGGUGGUCGAAUCUCUGGCCACCGGAACACAACCUGAGGCUGCCGGAGGUAUCUCCGCCGUCGCUGAAGACGCGGCGUCUCGUAACAUGAAGGUUGGCGUUGGGGAUGAGGUUGGCGGCAUAACUCUCUCCGACAUCAUCGCGGAUGUUGACAACAAGCUGGAGAGAGAUAGAUCAGUGACGAGUGAAGACGCCGAAGCGGUGGUUGCGGCGGAGCUGAGGCAUCACCCCGGCAGCAGCACUACUCCCGGCGGCAUCGCCGAGUCUGUCGUCGCCGCCUGCAAGCUUAACCGCAACCCCUACUUUUAAACGUUUUUCUUUAAAUUAAAAAAAAAAAAAAAGAUGAUUCUUUUAAAGAUAACAACCUUAGAAAUAAAAGAUAAAGACAAUCAAGAACUAACAAUCUUGUAGUUAAAAGAUAAAGACAAAUAAACAAUAAGGUAAUAAUAAAUCUAAAUAGAUAUGGACGUAUGUAUAUAAAAGAAGUAUGAAGGCUGAAAAAUACAGAGUUUAACAUUUUGAAUUCCAACUACAUUUCGAAUUCCAUAAGAAGAGAGAAAGUAUGGUCUAUUGCCAUGUUUUUUUUUUUCAGCAUUCAACGAGAUGAGAUCGGUUAAUCAAUUUAAAAAUACCCGAAUUUCGGGUUCGGGUUCGGGUAUUAAUUUCUAGGUCGGGUAAGAAAAUAGAUCAAGUUGAAGCUGGUGGUUCCUCAUCUCUCCCAAUCGCUGUGGUGCCCGUUUAUGGAUCCUCAUACCUGAGAUAUCUAAAGUAUCUGAUAUGAGGAGUGACGUGUCUUGACUGCGUCAAACGUCGUCUUUAACCGGAUGAUUAUAACGGCGUGCUACCCUCACAAAAGAAGCAACAUCGUUGUGUUCGCAAAACAGACUAGUUUGGCUGAGACAGGAAUAACCAGAUGGUCUGCCGGAUGACUAUUCCGCCGGUCGGAAAAUUUCCGGCCACGGUUCAUCGAAAAUUUCAGUGCCGUCGGAUUUACGCACUGAGCAGUCCCGUAUGGUCUGGCUGCGAACCGUCGGCUGUUGGCGGACUGCUCGAGCUGCUCUCGCAGCGAGAGCGGGUCGCUGCGUGCCGGCCGGGGGACGGACUGGGAACGGCUCUCUCGGGAGAUCGUAGGACUGGUUAGGAUUGUGUUGGGGGCCAUGUAGACUCGGUGUUGUAGGUCUGAUUAGACGUAAUCAGAUUCGAUUCGAUUCAGAUUCGGUUCAGUUCGUUUUUACCACAAAAUUAUAACUCAAUGGUUAAAUUUGGUUCUAGCCAAGCGUAGAAGUUUCCUUAAGAACCGUUCCCCAUUCGCAGGAAUAUUACCAGACCGGACGGUCCAGGGGUGGCGGACUGCACAGAUCAGAAUGGAAGGUCCGCACUGGACCGUCCGUUUC